AUGAGUAAACCAAAGUCGGAUAUUUCAAGUCUCUCUCCAAGUAAGGAGAUGAUGGACUUAAAGUCUUUAAAGCGCCAGAGAACUGUUGCAAAAACCAGCAUAGUGCGCAUAAAAACUGGUCUCCUUGAAAAGACCAUGUCGCUAGAUCCAAUCGAAUUGGAGUCCCGACUCGACAUAUUGAACUCCCACAGCGAAAAACUCAUGAAAUAUCAGUCCAAAAUUGAGGAAAUCGACGAAGAAGACAUUGCCCGUGGAGAGUUAGAGGACUUAAUUGCAGAAACAAAGUCCAUUAUAAAGUCCAUUCUGGCGAGAAAUAAAUCGUCAAUUGCCGAAACAUCUUUUACUGCACCUCACAGCUCGCGACUACCAAAAAUGUCGUUACCUACGUUCAAAGGAGAAUAUUCCGAGUUUAAAAACUUUAUGAGUCUGUUUGAGAGUUUCGUGCACAAUGAUCCCACAAUCCCGGAUAUUGAAAAAUUUAAUCAGUUAGUAUCAUGUCUAUCCGGUGAAGCCUUAGGCACAGUGAAGUCCUUCCAAAUGUCGGAAGAAAAUUAUCCAAAGGCGUUGGCAAGUUUGAGAAAGGUGUAUGACAAUAAAUGCCUGAUAUUCUUUAAUACAGUGUCUAAACUUUUUGAAUUGUCAAAAAUCCAAAGGCCUUCUGCGUCGUCUUUGCGAUCAAUGAUUGAUACAGUGUCUGCAGUAUAUGACUCCCUCUUAUCGCUGGGUGACGAUAAACUUAUUUCAAAUGCGAUGUUCAUUCACAUAGUCAUUUCGAAGGUUGAUCCCACUACUCGGUCAAAGUGGGAGGAGCAACCUGACUAUGAUAAGCUGCCGCUUUGGGCUGAGUGUGAAGCUAUGCUAAACAAGAGAUACCAGCAUUUAUCAGCUGAAGAAGCUUCCUCAUCCCAACAAAGGCCAAACAAUGAAGAUACGCGGCAUGAAACAAUAAAUCAACAACUGCGACCCUCAAAAACAACAUUUAUCGCGACGAAUUCCAAACUGCCGACUUGCCUUCACUGUGGCUCUAAGGACCAUUAUUUAAUAGCUUGUCUAAAAUUCGAAGCGCUUACUGCACUUAAAAGAUUUGAAUUAGCAAAAUCUAUUUCCCUGUGCAUAAAUUGCUUGCACAAGGGUUAUACGGUCUCAAAAUGCAAAGCAGAUCGGUGUGGUGUAUGCAACCGUUCGCAUCACACCAUGUUGCAUCAAUAUCCGAUCUCCUUUGAGUCCGAGCCGCAACCUUCUACGUCACAGGCCAUGCAUAUUAGCAGCCUGCCUGACCGAGUCAUGUUAGCUACAGCCGUAGUUAAUGUAAAGGCCAGCUCCGGUGUUAACGUGCAAGCGCGGGCUCUACUUGACUCCGGUUCUCAAGUCAACUUUAUGACCGAAGAGCUUAUGCAAAAAUUGCGAAUCCGAAAAGAAAAAUUCGCUCUUAAUAUAGUUGGAAUUGGCAAUUCAAAUGAAAAGGUCCUAGGCAAACUAAAAACCUAUAUAAAAUCGAGGAUCAACAACUUUGAGUUUUCGGCGGACUUCUGGGUAAUGCGUUCGAUAUCAGUCAAUCCCCCAGAUCGGACUGCAAACUCAAAUGGCUGGAAAAUCCCACAAAAUAUUGAACAAGCAGACCCAAGUUUCUACAAAUGUCAGAAAAUAGACAUACUUUUAGGAGCUGAAAUAUUCUUUGAUCUGUUAUCGGUGAGUCAGAUCAGAACCAGCCCAAGGCAGCCAACGCUGUAA